AUGGAGAAUCUAGGCCUCUUCGGCAGGCUCCCAGGCGAACUCCGUAACCAAAUCUACGACAUGGUCCUGACGCACGUCCCCGGACAGAAGGCGUCUUCUGCGCUGCUGAGGACUUGCAAGCAGAUCUAUCGCGAAGGAAUCGACGUGCUGCACCACAACAGCACUUUCUACGUCGAUUUCGAUGUGGAUUACACAACUAUGUUCGCCGUCGGCGAUGUUUACGGGUACUACUUCGACGCGAGAGGCCGGCGCCACUCAAGCAUGCCGGAUGUCCCACGCCUCAGGAGUUCGGACGCUUUCUUCCCGCCUUGGUCGACGAAGGUGAGGAAGUGGUGGAUCACCAUCGAUGUGAGCUUGAGGCCGGUGGGGCUCAAGACAAGACUGCGCCGUGAAGGAGAUCAAGCUGGAUAUCAGAAACUUCGACCAGGAGAGGAGGAAUGCGGGCAUGUUUAUCAGAGGGCGCUAUAUCCCAUCAUGAAAAUCCCUCAGAAGAUCGCCUUGACGCUGAACUUGGAGAAUUUCGAACCGGGCCACGUGAAGUUCAUCCAACGAACUCGACUGGACAACGAUGCAGAGAUUACGGACCUCCUGCACUUCGACCCCCUCAGCGAAAUCCACGCCCUCGAAAACACCAUCCGCCAUCUCCUCCCCCGCGACCCCAACCCGGGGAAACUCCUUCCUCCAACCCCCCUCCAAACCCUCUGGGCCAUGAGCACGGCCGAAUUCCCCUCGCCGCACCGCCACUACCAACUCCCCGCCUACGACUCCAUCGCGGACGCAACUCUGAAAAAGUACAUCGAGACGCUCAAAACCGUCCUGCAGUUGUUGAAGGUGGGGGCUAGCGAGGGGAUGCAGGACAGGUGGGUGGCGGAGUGGAGGGUGUUGGGGGAGUUGGGGUUUAACGGGAAGGUGCUGAGGAUUGUGGGGGAGGGGUGGGGGAGGGCGUUUGGGAGGCUUUGUGUGGCGAGGGCGAAGUUGGAGGUUCGGGGGGUUGUUGGUUGCUUUGACAAGACUCUUUUUGCCGACUGCGACCAACUCGACUCCAAAGACACCACCCUGCUGUUCGACUGCAUCCUGAUCUCCUGCGGAGUCGCCGACACCGUCAUGUCCAACAUCAGCACCAGCCAGACUGGUCCAGUCUCACCCUCAGACAUGACCCUUCUCAGCCCCAGCAACCGCCUCGACUCCGGAACCACCGUAUCCUCCCAAGUCGCCGCCCUCGCCCUCGCCCCUAAAGACGAACCCUUCACAGCCUGCUUCCUCUCCUUCAACCAAACCAAAACCUACUCCCCCCUCUGCCACCUAACCCUCACCGGCGCCCUCGAAGCAACAAGCUGCGACCCAACCUCCAAAACAAACAUCGACAUCCUCUGGCCCGAAAGUCUCCUCCGCGCCCCGCGCAUCGUCGUCAACAUCUACCUGCAAGACACCGAACCCACCGCUUGGCGCCAUCUGUCGGAUUUCUUCGCGGUAUAUUGGUUCUUGGAGUCGUUGGCGGGGUUCUUGGGGAGAACAUGGAAGGCCCGGAGGGUUGAGAAGAAGUCGCACGCAGCGGCCAUCGACUCAGCGUGUUCUCUUUGUUGCCGCGCCGCACAUACUACCACAACAUCACCAGUCGCCGGCACCCCAAGUCGCAUCGCAACACGCAUGGCACAUCAUUACGAGUCGCCCUCGACCCUCGUCAUGGCUCCGUCUCCCAACACCGCCGAAGAGGAGCAGGAAGUCUUUCGCUUCUUUGACCUAGCUCCCGAACUUCGCAACCGCAUCUACGAGUAUGCGCUUGUUCAGAACCGCUUCCAAAAGCACUUCGCCAACACAGCGUUGCUGCGAGUCUCCAAGGAGGUGUAUCGAGAGGCCGCCGGCAUCUUCUGGUCGCAGACCACUUUCUGCAUCAGAGCCCAUAAACCAACACGAUCCACGGACGAGGGUCUGCGGGAUGCCAACUUCGACUUCAUCAGCGGGGAUAUGCAUGCGAUGGUGGAACGUAGCACAUUGGAUAGAUUCGUCAACUCCUUCCCAUCAGCAAUCCUGAAGGUGGCUCGGAUCGAGAUCAAAGCACCCGUGUGCCGCCCAGAAAUCCCGAAUCACCUCCUCUAUUCCCUCGCCAGCAUUCUUCGUCGCUCGAGUCUGAAGAUGCAAGACCUCAGCAUCGAGCUUGAACAUGGGAGAGACGUCGAGUUACGACUGGCCUACCCGCUCCUGAGAAUGCCGCCGCACCUCAACAUCUUCUACCACAGCUCCGACAAGGCUUCCGAGGAGCAAGUGCGCGGCAGAUACCUCGAGGGCAACAAGGUCAAGAAGCUCAGACCCGCCUGCACUACAUUUGAAGCUUCUGUCGAGAUGAAGGCACUACGCCCGAAGAUCGAGGCGUAUCUCAAGUCGUUCCCCAAGAAGCCAAAUUCGCAAAAAGCAGGAUCCGAUGGGAGCGGAAAAGAUUGGAAACUCGUUGGGAAGUACUUGAAGAAGGCUGACGCGGCAUUCAAUCGCCCGGGGACUGCUAGCCUGUCUGGAGACCGGAUGCGGAUGGCAUAUGUAGCCACGUUGGCACGGUGGGUGGAGAUGCGGGAGGCUGGUGUGCGGUUCGGUGACGAGGAAGUUGCAUUCAAUAACUUCGCUCGGCGAACCUCCUUUGUCUCUGUCAACACAACUUCCUAA